CAUCUUGAAUUUAGCGCCGUGUCCCUGUGCUUUCUGCAUCCUGUUCUUCCAUUGGUGAGUGAUUUAGACCAAUCAGCGUCUCGAGAGUGUCUCGGAAAGCCGCACGAGCUCAUUGACACACACGGCUUGGACCAAUAGGAGAGUGUGUUUACUCUCCGUGGGUUGCGAGGCACGAGCUGCGCUGGGAAAGAGGAUCGCCGUUCGGAGACUCGGGUCUGAACUCAGCGGCCUGCACCGGCGCUUUGGCAGAUCGAGACGCUACAAUACACACACACACACACACACACACACGUAUAUACACGCACAUACACGCGCUCGGGCGGAAUACGAGGAUUACCUUUGAAAUGUGAUUUUUGAAAUAUGAUCAGCAACUUUCUUGAUCUACAUUUUUGUUCUCUCUACUUCUAAUUAAUUGUAUUUAUUGUCAUGCACGGAUUUAACAAACCAAAAACAUGAUCGGGAGCCGCGCCGCCAGUCGGAGAGGCGAGACUUCCUCUGAAAGCAACACCGACGCCCAUCGAGAGGGAUUAUAAAAUAUAUGGCUUUGGUUUAAUCGCUGUGGUCUACGCCGCCGGAAUAUUUGGAUUAUAAAGGCGCAACGCAGCGGUUAUGGAGAGCCGGGAUUUCGGCGCUCCGGCGCACCUCCUGUCUGAGCGGGGCGCUUUAGUUCACCGCGCCGCCUCGCGGAUCACGUCGAGCGGCCACAGCUCCGUGCAGCACGCCGCUGCCUUCCCGCCUGGCAAAUAUUACCCUUCUCAUCUGCCCAUGGCCACACACUCAGGCAGUGGACUGAUGGGCAACUCCUCUGCCUCAUUUAUGGGGACAUUUCUGGCCAGCAGCCUGGGUUCUUCUCCCUCACAUCCACCUCACCCUUCCAGACCUCCGUCCUCACCAUCUUCUCCUCCAUGCCGUGGAGGGCCACACUCCACCGCUUCCCAGAUCUGGUUCCCACACUCACAUGAAGCACCCCCAGGGUACCCACGCUUUUCAGGAAGUCUGGCUCAUACAUUCCUUCCUAUAAGUCAUUUGGAUCACCAUGCCAACAGUGGGGUUCUCUAUGGUCAACACCAUUUCUAUGACACCCAAAAAGAAAACUUCUACUUAAGAAGCCUUCCAUCCCAACCCCCACUUAUUUCAGCCAAUCACAACAUUCCACCCAUGUCAAGGACAGAGCCAGGCAACACCCAAGGCUCUUGCAGUAGGGACACAGGAAGUGUUGUCAACUUGCAAAAGGGUCUAAAGGAAGCCAGUAUUGACAAAGGCAUGGUCUCAGGUACAAAGGACAAAGAAAGGUCAAGCGGUAAGCAUGAGCCUAAAGAUCGCCACCCCCACAACCAACAUUCACAAUCCCAGCAUCUCCAGUCACACCAGUCUCAACACCAUUCUCAGCUCCCUUCCACGAUGGACACCAUGAAUGGUAUGGAGCGGCACAAGGCUUCUUUACUUAUGGAGUACAAGGACCAUUCACAGAGCAUGGGUAAGCCUCUUAGUGCCUGUCUGCUUAAUGGAAAGAUGCAAAAUGGAGACUCUCGGCGUGGUGUUGGGUCCAAAGUAUCUAUGACAAGCUGUGGAGGAGAAGGCAUGGGCAGGGGUCCUGGAGACUCAACAAAUACACAUGCCAGACACAUAAUUAACAACAAUACUGGCCGUUGCACAAAAGAAGCUGUAAGCGGGGAGAUGAGGAUCAGCGAGCAACCCCUCCCUGAUUGUGUGGAGAGGGGUCAGGUGCUACACCAAUCUUUGUCAUACUCUGUGCCUCCUCCUUUGUCCAUGGCUUCAGCAACUGGUGGUGGUCAUCCAGGCAGCUUUCACUGUUUACAGCUCCAUCCUAGUCAUCAGCAUCAUACCCAGCACCCACACCACAGCCACCACUCCCACCAUCACCCAGAUUUUUUCUGCCCUCCUCCCCCUGCCCCGAUCACCAAUCCUACUUUACAUGAAAAAGGUGUCUGCAGCAAUGGAACAAGAGAACCUAAAGCAACCAGACCCACAUUUGUACCAUCUGUAGGACAUCUUGGGGAAAAAGCUGGAGGCCUUUUUCAACUGGGAAACCCUGAAUGCCAAGGGGUAACUGGUGGGGGAAGCAGUACCAAAGAAAAGGCAAUGGAAAAGGCAAGUGGGGGUGUGGGGCAUCCAGGGAACUGGCACAGAAAACAACAGGAGCACCAACAACAACAACAACCUCCUCCACAAAAGCAGCAUCCCUACAGAAAAGCAGAAAAAGCCCCUGACUGGAUGCAUAACAAUGAUCAAUUGCAACAACAGCAGCAGAACCAUCUUCAGCAACAUCAAGCUGUGCGGUCUCAUAGUGCAGACUGUAUCAAUAGUAUGGACACAGAUGUUUAUAGAUCAGCUCUUACACAGGAACCCAAAACUGGCCACCUCUUAACUCACCUUAAUAAUGUUAACACACAUUCCUAUCAGGAUUGCUCACAUUCUAGAUCAACUCCUAACUCCUCACCUCUUGCUAAGACCCUGUCUCAGCAAGGACCUGGUUCUGGAGGUGGGAGUUGCUCCAUGCAAAGAGAAGGCCAAAAGGUUGCCCGUAUCCGGCACCAACAGCAUGGCAGAACGAGUUCAAGUGCUUCCUCAGCAGAGCUGGGCCAGACCAGUAGCAGUCAAGAGAUGAAGCAGAAAAUUGAUAUGUCCUCAUACGCUUAUAAUAACAGUGGGCAGCAUCAUUCACAUCAGCAAUCACCUGUGCCACCAUGGGCAAUGCACCCCCAUCAUGUCCACCUGGAGGAUGAUCAACGCAGAGCUUAUAUGGAGCCUGUCAGUGGAGCUGCCAAUAGGAGGCAGCAGCCCCAUCAACACCAGUCAGGUGGAAUGGGACCCCCACCUGCUCCUGCACAGAACCAGCAGGAGGUUUUGGGCCCACAGGCAGAGGGUAGUGCAAUGAAAAACCUUCUGAAGUAUAGCAACCAGCAGCAGCCUCUCCUUCUGUCUCAGAAAACCCCAUUUGGGGGACUGGGAAGCCUUAAAACAGGACCUAACAGCACAAACUGCACCUUACAAACUGGCAAAACAACUCUGCCUUCUAGAAAAGUCAUAAACAACGAUAACGAAAGGCAUGACUGUGGAGGACGGAGCAGAGAGAUAGGAGAGGUGGCUCAUGGAGAGGGGGAAGUCCGGCAACCCCCUGUGGGUAUUGCAGUUGCUGUGGCACGGCAGAAAGAACCAAUCUGCAGACCGCCUGACAACCAUCCAAGCAGCUGCCAGGGGCGGGUCCACUCUGGCAUGAAAGGUAUUUCGCGGCCCAUGUAUCCCCCAGACUCAUCUAGAGAGGAGGACAGGAAAAGAAUGAGUGGGGAGCACAUGGGUGUCACUGGGGGUCAUCCAUGCCUGAACAGAGAAAGAGAAACUUUUAUCAGGGACAACAAAGAAAGAGUAGAAUUUGCAAGAAUCCAUCCCUCCAAUAGUUGCCGUGGUGACCUCACCUCUCAUUUGAUGGUGCCUGGUGGCACUUCCCUGCAGUCGGGCCAGUUGGGAGACCCUGCUGCACAUUCCCACUCUGCGCACCACCAUUGGAUGCCCCGCACAGCAAGUCCCUCCCUCUGGAUGACAGGUCAUUCCUAUGGUAUAAGCCAUACUGGUCUCCACCAGAAUCUUCCCCCAGGGUUCUCUGCAACUAUGCCUGCUCCCCUCCAGCCUGUACUUCCCCUGCCCCAGGACCCUUCUGCCCAGCUGGUGGUUUUACCUUCUGAGCCUACUGCCCAUCCAGCCACUCAUCACUUGGAUGUGAUGGAGCAGCCAGGUCUGUGGCCCCCAGUGUAUAGGGCCCGAGGGCCUCCCUCCCACAUGCAGCAUCCCGCUGUGUACUCUCGCUCCCAGUUUCUACGGCAACCAGAACUGUAUGCACUCCAGCAACAUCAGCAACUGCAGCAUCAGCAACACCCUGGCCAUCAGCAGCCUCCUCAACCACCACAGCAACAUAGAGGAGCACACAGCAUCGAGAUUCAGCACAGAAAUACUCACAACCAGAUGCAGAAGAAACCUGAGGACCAUGGAGCAUGUGGCAUGGAGUUACAGGAUAUCCUGUCUGAGUCCAGGAACCACAAAGCUACCAAGUCUUAUACCUAUGGCUCUACAAACCGUGCUUCAUCACCUCCUAGGGCCUCUGCUGCACACAUGUCACCUUGCUGUCAGUCACCAUGUAUGCAUCCUCAUCCGAAAAGCACCCCCUCCACCCCCUGCCCUGUCCCUAGUCCUGCCGCUACUGUGCCCUGCUCUCCUGCUAUUAGCCCUGCUCCAUCACAAUUACCCAAUAUAACAGAAAACCAGGACAAGAGAACAAAGGGCCAGCCACCACAAGACUUCCCUCAGUCUAUGGAACCAGAUCUUCCACCUGGAUAUACCUAUCCAGGAAUCUCCAUGGCAUACAGAGGUGGACCUUCCCCACAGGAUGUACAACUAGCUGAGCCAGCUGAUUUGGAAGCUAUUCCGGUUGAGCCAGUUGAGCAUGCUCCAACACCUCUGUCCAGUAUUGGAGAAGGGCCAGAGUGCCAUGCUAUAGUAAGGCCCAUCACUGAGUCCCAGUUGCAAGUGGAGGAGAAAAAUGAGGAAGAUUUGGCACAAGAGCAGACACAAGGUGUGCUGAAGCAGAGUGGAGAAUCAGACACAGUGGGUUGCUGUGUACCUGUGGAGCAUGAACAAGCACAGGGAGAAGCAGCAAUGCUCAUUAGCCACUCUGAAGAGGCAUUAGCCUGCGAAGAAGUACCUUGUCCAGGUGGUUGGUUAGAGGAACCAGUACACAAGGACUCUACCAUAGUCUGUCAGGAGGAAGGUAGCCUUCUUGAGCAGGACAAUGUUGUAUCUGAGCUGAAGCCAUGCACAGCACCAGCUCCCGAGCAUCCUUGUGUUCCAAUUAAUCUAAGUGACUACCAACCUGGCACAACUGCUGAGGUAGUGGAAGAAGAGACAGAAAUGGAAGCUCAGGUGGAAGACUGUAAACCAAUCUUCUCUGCUCCUUCAUCUCCUAUCAGUGUCACUCCCUUCCCACAGCCAAUUGUGCCAAGCUAUUGGAGCCUGGAGCUCCUGAUUGCUGCUGCCUUUUGCGGAGACUGCCCUCCCCCCUCCCCACCUGUUUCCACGACUUCUCAGGGCUGUGCUGGCCCCUUUUAUGCCAGUACAUAUGGUAUGGAGCUCCUUAGUGAGGUGGCCGAUCUGGAGCGCCAACAGGAACACCACAGUGCAGACAAAAUUGAAGGACAAGAACAAAUAAUAUUUGACCUCCAGAGUCUCGCUACUUUGGCAGUGGCUCGUGCCCUGGAGUUGGACUCCAAGGCAAACAGCAUGGCAGAUGCUGAGAAGCAGUGUCCAGCCAAAAGAACCCUCAACCUGCGGCGGAAAUGCAAUUGGACCCCUCGCCAUGAGCCAGUGUGUCCUGUGAAAAGUGCUAUGGAUGCUAUAGACAGUCAGGAACUGGCUAUGCGAGUGAGGCUGGCAGACUUACAAAGGCGCUACAAAGAGAAGCAGAAGGAGUUAGUCAAGCUUCAGAGGAAGCAUGACCACCAGAAAGAGGAGACUCCACGUAGUCCUGCGCGUCGGGGCCCUGGCCGACCUCGAAAACGGAAAUCAACAGGUUUUGGGCCUGUUCCUCCUGAGCCACAAAAGAAAGUCAAGUCCAUGGGGGUGGUGCUUAAUCUGCUGACAGAGGAGUCAGGAAGAGGAGGUGGGGAUUUAAUGAAGAAGAGGAGGCUAUCCAACCGAGGGUUUGGUCGUCUUGGAGCUGUACAGAUAAAGAUGCAAUCCAACCAAAAGAGCAGCCUCCAUGAGCAUCACAUGGCACAGCUGAAGUCCAAACCUGCUGUCAGUAGAACUAUCAGGGACCGUGAAACCUUGGGGUCUGCUCACUUGUACAAUUCUCAGCGCAGCCCAAAAGUGGAUUCCAGACUCUCUAACAUGACAGCCAAUGAAUCUGAAGGCCAAAGUGACACAGGCAGUGGAGACAGCGGCACUCAGGAGAGCUGGAAAGGCCUGAGGAAUAGUAAGAAGAAGAGUGAGGCGGCUUUAAACCGAGCAUCAGCCUGUGUGCGGCAGCCUCAGGCCAGAGCACAGGACGUGACAGAGGACGGGGAAACAUUUGCAGAGGAUACAGAGUCCUCUGAGCAAGAAGAGGAGGAAGCAGAAAGCAAUUACAACAUCGAUGAAGGCCAUACCAUCAAAGUCCCACCCUCCAGGGAGCUUCCAUCCAGCUCCAUCCUAAAAGACCCCUCCCCUUCCUCUGUUGUGAAACUGGAAGUCAAUCAGAAGGCAAAGAAUAAAAGAGAACGACAGGAGCUGUAUGGUUCCCAGGUUCGGUCAAAUACAGACGGUGAGGUGAAAAUAAAGAAAAAGCCCCACUGCAGGUCAGCACCAAACAAUACAGCUAAGGGCUUGGGGGUGAGGAGGAGACCAGGGCGUCCCAGGCUGCAGGAAAAGCUGUGGGCUGGUCACUAUCGUAAACCUGCAGGCCUCUUGUCUUUCUCCACCACCAGUGAAAGGCUGAGGAGAGCUACUCGGAAGAGCUCCAUGCUCCGUGGAGUGCUUAGCAAGACGAAAAGUUGUUGGUCAGCUGUCGUCCAGUCUUCUCAGGGUGAUGACACCUGUAAACGGAGGACCAGAUUUAGACAGUCUAAAGGGCGUGCAGUCAGUCGUCUUUUGGAGAGCUUCGCAGCAGAUGAUGGAUUCCAACUGGGUGAAGAUAGCAGCUUUUCCGAUGAGGAUGAGGAUGAUGAUGAUGAGAACUUUUCUUCAAGCACCAGAAAUUCUCCAGCUCCUCCAAACUGUGUACUGACCAAAGAGCUACUGUCUGAAGGGCUCAAAAUUCUCAUCAGUAAAGAAGAUGAGCUACUGUAUGCUGCCCGAGUGAGAACUUUAGAUCUCCCUGACAUCUACAGCAUUGUUAUCGAUGGGGAGAGAGGAAACCGCCCCAGAAUCUACUCCCUGGAGCAGCUCUUGCAGGAAGCAGUUUUGGAUGUGCGUCCAGAAACAGAGGCAUUGCUAACCGAAGGAACAAGAGUGUGCGCCUAUUGGAGUGAACGCUCGCGAUGUCUUUACCCAGGCUAUGUGCGCAGGGGUGGCUCUAAUAAUGAGUGUAAGCCAGGUGGAGUGAUGGUAGAGUUUGAUGAUGGGGACAGAGGAUGGAUCUCUCUCCGCAACAUUCGUCUCCUUCCAGCUGGAUACCAGAUUAACUUAGAUGCUGAGUCCAAUCCUACAUUGGUUUCCAAUGGUCAAACAGACAAGAUCAUUUCAAGUCAAGAGGGAAGAAGCUCACAGAUUGACCGAUCCUCUGAAAAAACAUCAAGCAAAGAGGAAGCCAAAAUCAAGGAGAAGCCAAUGAGAAAACCAGGGAGACCUAAAGGAUCAGGACUGAAGAGGUUUAUCUCAGAUAGCGAUAAAACCUCAGCAUCUCCACUUACUUGGCCAUCAAUAGCUCAGCCUAGAAAGAGAGCGCCUGUCAAUUUGUUUCAACUUAAUGGAUCAGGAACCAAAAAGGCCACGAAGAACAAAGAGGCAGGAUUUCCUCAUGCUUCAGUCUCUACGACAACACCAGCCAAAUGCAUCUUCAAUAGCAGGUCCUUUGAGGUGGACUCUUUUAGUAGUAUUGCUAAUGGCUACUCAUCAUUCUGCAGCCAGUCCUCUAGUAUGCCUAUUGAGGGCAGGAACAGUCCCUGUGGUCAGGGCAGAAAGUCUGAGGAAUCUGAUGUGCCCCGGGGAAGGAAAAAUGAAGUCCUGAUAAAGCUGGAUCACGAGGGGGUAAUGAAUCCCAAGAACAAGAGCAGCAAGGCACUUCUAAUGUUAGGGGGUUCUGGGUUUGGCUCUAAAGGUAUUGGUGCUCCACCCAAGCCUGAUACAUAUUCUCACCCAGUUCUGUUGGUAAAGGACAAAAGGAAGGGAGACAGCUCUCGGGCAGAGCUCCUACCAAUCCAGAGAAAGCCAUCCCCAUCCUUGAUAGUGAGCAAGCAUGGAGAAAUGGGCCAUAGUUGCCACAGGGACUGUCACAGCUCUUAUUCAGACAUGGAUGAGGAAGACGAAGAAGAAGAGGAAAGGAGGAGAAGAAGUGAAUCAGUUUUGGUCCCAGCUUCUGAUGGCAUAAGAAUGGCUGGUCGUUUCCUCUCCCAUCUCUCUGUUUCCUCUUCUUCUUCGGGGUCAUCUAGCUCUUCUAGUUCAGGCUCUGUUUCUACCUCCAGUGUUUGCUCCUCUGACAAUGACUCCUCCUAUAGCUCAGAAGAUGAUGAGAACUCCACAUUGCUCCUGCAAAGCUGCCUAACUCCCCAUCACUCCCUACUUCAUUCCCAUAAAGCUACUACCAGACCUCCACAGCAUUCAUUUGUGGCCAAGGCUAUGGCUGUCUCUAGUGCUAAAGGUGGUAAUGUUGACAGUGCUGCUCGCAAGCCCCUGAAAAGGAAAGAGUGUCUCAGUUCAUCUACCAAAACUUCCAAAGACCUGGUCAAGAGACAAAAACUACUGGCUGACCAUAGUAGGCCCAAAGUCUCUCCCUGCAUGCCAGCAAGGCAAUUGUGGAGAUGGUCUGGGGAUCCCACCCAGAGACGUGGGCUAAAAGGGAAAGCUCGUAAACUCUACUACAAGUCCAUAGUCCGUGGCAGGGACACGGUGCAUGUAGGAGACUGUGCAGUGUUCCUGUCAGCUGGCCGUCCCCACCUACCCUACAUUGGCCGCAUUGAGAGCUUCUGGGAGUCCUGGACCAGCAGUAUGGUAGUGAAGGUCAAGUGGUUCUACCAUCCUGAAGAGACCAAUCUUGGCAAGAGACAUCAUGAUGGCAAGCAGCAUGCCCUUUAUCAGUCAUGCCACGAGGAUGAAAAUGAUGUGCAGACAAUCUCUCAUAAGUGCCAGGUUGUGAGCCGUAAGGAAUAUGAGCAUCUGAGCCGCAACAGUAAGCCUGGAAGCAACCUUCAGGACCUCUACUAUCUGGCUGGUACUUACGACCCCACCAGUGGCCAGCUGCUUACUGCAGACGGAGUGUCUAUCCUCUGCUAGCAUUGGUCUAAGGGUAAUGACAAUCUAGCAUUUGCCUCAGAAGGAAUUUAAGGAGAGAUUAACCAGUUAAGAUGGGGUAUUGCAACAAUCACAACUCUUAAAUAUCACUAACAGGAUCUGAAUUGUGGUGACAUGCAUUGCUAAAGUAGACCAGGAUAUAACCUCCCAGCCUCACAACUUGUGCUUGGUCUCCCAAAGACAAACUACCACCACAAGUAGUUUGCCUGUGGUCCAACUUUUCUGUAUAGUACAUCCAUGUUUAAUCUCACAUUUUACAACUUAACUUAAAAAUAAAUAAAUAAAUAAAUAAAUAAACAAUUUAAAGUCACCAAAGCAGAACCCUUUUUUUGGUUUUGAAAGAUGGCUUUUAUGUGAGAAUUCUAUAGCAUAGAAAAAAACAGAGACAAAGUGAGAAUGGUGUGUUUUUCCCCCACACCAUGUGAUGAUUCCAGGGAUAUUUAAGUAAAUAUUAGAUUUAGUAUAUUAAGUUUAUGUAUAUGUUUAUUUAAGGAGUUAUUUACUAUUAAGCCAUACACUUCAGUACCUCUUACCUGUUUUCUUAUUCAGGUGUAUAGUGUACAGGUGCAUGUGUGAUCUGCUUUUCUUUUUUUUUUUUUUUUUUCCGUCAUUGUUGUUUAUACAGUAUGUAUAUACAAAGUUAUUUUAUAUGGUAGAUGUACUGUACAUAUGAGGUUUAUUGUCUGAUGCUUGGAUUGAUUUAUUUUUCUAUGAGAAGAGAUGAACUGAAGUUGUAUGCAUUGCACUGCACAUUGCCUGCUGAGACAGAAAGAGAAGAUGUUAUGAGUUUCAGUCAUUGUUAUGGCUGCACUUUGGGCAUUUUUUAUUAGUUCUCUGUAUUAUUUUGUCUGUGCAUACCUUUAUUUUCAUGUCCACUGUGCUUUUUACCCAAAAAAGAAAAUGAAACGAAAAAAGGUGGGGAAACCACGUAAAAGUUACUUGAUGUUAUUUAAUUGAGAAAUACGUGUCUCAGAGGAGUAUCAGAAAAGAUCAGGAAAAAAGAUUGAAUGGAAAAUACAGGCGCUAAAAAUAUGUACUCAAUGUAUAAAAUACCAGAGAAAUCUUAAAAUGGUGAAAUCUAUUAAUUAGCGCUGUACAUUCUUCUGCAAUCAACAUACUUCCUAAUAUGUUGCAGUGACUGUACAUAAUUUUGCUUUAUUGACAAUGUUUUGUAAAAUUUUUCCAACUUUCUACUCAUCAGCAAUGGUAAUGACAUUUUGAGGUAGUUUUACCAAGGCCAAGAUAUCGAAACAAAGAAAUGGCAUUGUGCCAAGCAUAACAAGAGCUCUUAGAAAAGCUUAGAAAAGUUGUUUGUCUUUAGGGACAAUCAUGUUCAUAAAAGAGCAAGUGUGGACUGUUUGACAGGCUCACACAAUUACAAUAUACUUUAUUAGAUUUUUUUUUUUUUGUGUGUGCCAAAAAACAUCUUUUUUUAUUAUGCAACCUUCACUGUAUUCUCUAAGUAUUGAUUCUUAUUUUUAUAACCUAUUUAUUGUCAGUGUUACUGUUUCAUCAAAAAAAGAAAAAAAGAAAAUGUGACAGCGCUUAUUUCGUUUGUGUUGAACAUAGAGGCUCUUUAAAUCAAAGUGCAAUGGUCUGGCAGAGAGAACUAGUACAGAGAGAACACUGGAGUAUGCUGGUUUGUGCCUUGAAUUAUAGUUAGACCCUCACCUUCUGACCCCCAUUAACAACUUUUGUGGUACUGCAGGGGAAGUGACAUCAUUUAGUGACCUAUCCCUGACCAUUUCUAACCUUAUCUUCCGUUCUUUACAAAUGGACACCAAAAAGUAUUCGGCACAGUUUUCAGCCUAUUCAUUUGCCUCUCAACACCAACCUGAAAGAAAAAGUACAUGAUUUUAUAAUUUAGUAAUUUCAAACUUGGCUUAACUUGACUCCUACAUAGGUUAUUUAUUAACACUUUGCUUGGGCCAUACUAAUUGUAUGUUAGAUGUUUGCCUUUGUUUUACUGUCCUGAUAAAGGAGGGCACUGGACUGAGUAAUAUGAAUGUACUAAGUGUAGGUUAAGCAAGAAGAUCCUCUCUGAAGACCUUUCUGAAUGGCACAAAAAUCUGAUUAUUUAUCAUAAAGGCUAAGUCCUAUUAGUUACAUUGUCCUGCUAAAAAAGAGGCAAAAACCUGAUUACUGUUCCAUAAGAGAGGUCAGUUUCUCUUUUUAGAAGAACAGAUAUGAGAUUUUCAGAUGGUCUUGCUUUCGAAAUUGGUCAUCUAUUAUAAUUUAAGAAAAGGUCAUUUGCCCAUUAAUAAAAGUGCAAUACUACUUUGACUCAACAUUUGAAUGAUGGGCAGCAAUUUUUGUGGCGCUUCUAAUAAAGGCUAAUGGAAAUGAUAAGGAGGACGCAGGAUCGUCUAUCCUAUGAAACCUUUUUUUAUUUCAAGUUUGAUUUAUACAUGAUUAAAAAAAAAUAUAUGUACCUAAUAUUCCACCUGUCACAGAAUUUUUAUGUUUUAAAAUUGAUGAAAGCAAAAUUAAUUAUAUACAUUUAUUGUUGUUAUUUUUGUGUUUUUAUUUCUCUGUGCUGAAAACUGUUGUAAAGAUUGUAAAUGUGUAAACUAAUGUCUGAUUUGGGGAGUAAACAUUUUACAGAAAAACACUUUAUGAGUAUCAAGCUGUAAAUGUUGUUUUAGUAUUAAGAUUUUUUUAUAGAGGGACUAUGAAUAAAUAUCAUGCUCAAAAAUA